CGUUGGCCCCGCCCCGGCGCCGCGCUCGGAAAUGACCUAAGCGGCGGCGAGGCCCGGCGGGUCGUUCCAGCUCUGCGGCGCGGCGGACGGGGGGCGCGCGCGCCAUGCCUGCCGAGCUGCCUCCGGGCACGGGGGCGCGGUGCCCGCCCGGCAGGUGCUGUCAUUAGUCCCACCUCAAUAAAGAGCUGCUGGGGCUGAACGGUCAUGGGGGAUCCCGGUAGAGAGGAGUAUAAAAUCCAGUCUUUUGAUGCAGAGACUCAGCACCUGCUGAAGACAGCACUCAAAGAUCCAGGUGCUGUGGACUUGGAAAAGGUGGCCAAUGUGAUUGUGGACCAUUCUCUGCACGACUGUGUGUUCAGCAAAGAAGCAGGACGCAUGUGCUAUGCCAUCAUUCAGGCUGAGAGCAAGCAAGCAGGCCAGAGUGUCUUCCGACGGGGACUCCUCAACCGGUUGCAGCAGGAGUACCAGGCUCGGGAGCAGCUGCGAGCCCGGUCUCUGCAGGGCUGGGUCUGCUACGUCACCUUUAUCUGCAACGUCUUUGACUACCUGAGGGUGAACAACAUGCCCAUGAUGGCGCUGGUGAACCCCGUCUAUGACUGCCUCUUCCGGCUGGCCCAGCCUGACAGUCUGAGCAAGGAGGAGGAGGUGGACUGCCUGGUGCUGCAGCUGCACCGCGUGGGGGAGCAGCUGGAGAAGAUGAACCGACAGCGCAUGGAUGAGCUCUUUGUCCUGAUCCGAGACGGCUUCCUGCUCCCAAGCGGCCUCAGCUCCCUGGCCCAGCUGCUGCUGCUGGAGAUCAUCGAAUUCCGGGCAGCCGGCUGGAAGACGACCCCGGCUGCGCACAAGUAUUACUACAGCGAGGUCUCCGACUAGGUUUCCGGCUCAGGCUGCCUCACCAGCAGCACCGGCCUGUCCCUGCCAGACCUUGAACAGCUCAUGGGGGUUUCCCACUCACGCGGCGGUCCUGCCUGAGCACAUUCCCCGGGUUCAGGGACCAGGGAAGACCCCAAACAGACCUGCCCCUAAUGUCCCAUCAGCCUCUCCCCCCAUCACCUCCAGCCUGGGCCAGGCAGAGAAAGGCAGCUUCCAACACCCACCGCACUGUGUAACCACUGGUGCAACAGCCAUCUUGGUGCCUCAGUUUCCCCAUCUGUAAAAGGGGUACCCAUAGCUACUGGUGGUAUACUUUGGGAUACUGAGGAGCAGAGCACAAGUCACACCAGAAACUGCUUUUUAUACAUUUUGUACAAGGACCACUUUGGAAACAAAUUUCCAGUCGAUUUUAGUAAAUGGCAGGUACCACACAUGCGACACCAGUUCAGGGCGAGAAUUUUCUAAUAAACCUUUUCUAACAUUAAAA